UGAUGCGGCAAGUAAGUAGCUAUAGUAGUGGCUUUUGAUGUGUUUAGGCUCCUCGUAUUGAUAACUUACGUAACAGCGACCGGAUCUAUUGCAUCUAUCUGUUUACCUUUAGAUUUAGCUGUUAAUCGAGUGUCAAAUAGAGAUUUUCAGCUGAACUCCCAUUUUUCUACACUGGCCAGCAUCCACAAAAUCUACCACACCCUGCACAGGCUGAACCUGACGGAGGACGUUGGACAGGACGGUCACUCCACAGCCUGCCGCUCCAGAGCCAUGCCUCCGAGGAAAAAGAGGAGACCCACUACUGGAGAUGAUCUGUCAGCUAAGAAGAGUCGCCAGGACAGUGUUUUUAGAAAACAUGAGGCACCACAAAUCCGAGAGGAAGAGACCUUCUCCAGUAAAAGAUGUCUGGAGUGGUUCUAUGAGUACGCAGGUGAGACUCAAGGCUGUGAUGAUGUCGUGGGGCCAGAGGGAAUGGAGAAGUUCUGUGAAGAUAUUGGAGUGGAACCAGAGAAUGUGGUGAUGCUGGUUUUGGCCUGGAAGCUGGAUGCCCAGAGUAUGGGCUACUUCACUCUACAGGAGUGGUUGAAAGGCAUGGGCUCCCUGCAGUGCGACUCCACAGAGAGGCUGAGGAACUCCCUGGACUACUUGAGGUCUGUCCUAAACGACACCACCAACUUUAAGCUCAUUUACAGAUACGCCUUCGAUUUUGCUCGGGAAAAGGACCAGAGGAGUUUAGACCUGAACACAGCCAAAUGCAUGCUGGGGCUUCUCCUGGGGAAGACGUGGCCACUGUUCCCUGUAUUCAAUCAGUUUUUAGAGCAAUCCAAGUAUAAGGUUAUCAACAAAGACCAGUGGUGCAACGUUCUAGAGUUCAGCAGGACAAUCAACCUAGACCUUAGUAACUAUGAUGAGGAUGGAGCCUGGCCCGUUUUGUUGGAUGAGUUUGUGGAAUGGUACAAAGAAAGAGAGAUGUCAUAGCAUCAGGUAGACUGCAACAAAACCACAUUAAUACAACGACGAUGACAAACGGCUAUGAGAAAACUAAAAACAAAGAAUACAAAAUGGGAGAGGUGCUUGUCAGUGAUGGCAGGUGGCGCAUCCAGUACUGAGAGUGUUAUAAUUGGAAGACUGUUUAAGGCCUUUGAGGAAUAGGUUGUGUAGGGUAGGCAGGCUGUACAUUAAGGGGAAAUCCAAUCCCAGCGGUCAUGCAUUGCCAUGUAUCAUUCAAGAGGUCUCAAAACCAUGGACACUGACGGGUUAGAUUUAGAACCCGGUGGUGAUGUAAUGGUGUUUUUUUGCCUAGCGGUAGGGCUAAUGUUCUUGUAACACAUGUCAACUUUUGUCUCUAGCUGUGAUGUGACGCUCAAUUGUCAAUGAGAGUGAAACCUUGCAUGCAUGCUCUCCAUCAGAGCCAUCUGCGAAUGGACGAGAUUUUUUGAAUACUUGUUUUAUUGUUGUUGUUUUUGUACAGGAAAUUGUGCAAGUGUUUUUGUGCUUCAUUUGAUAUCCUUGGUCAUGUUGUCUUAACGCUUUAUGAAAACCAUGACUGUGUAUAUUCAGAGCUGGAACACACAUGCGGCCUCAUUUGGAGAAGAGGAGUUCCAUCCUGCAUUUGCCCAACCACUCCCUUCUAACACACACACACACACACACACACACACAGAACCACACUGUUAGUCUCUCAAACAAAUUGACAUGAACUGAAAUUAACAAAAGUUUGAGAAAUUGGAGAAAGAAGACAAGUUUGGAGCAGUGUUGAAGGUGUGGUGUGAGAAUGGUAUCCGGUCAUAUGUCAAUCAUUUAUUGGUUAAACCCAGUGGUCUGAACUAAAGCAUGUACAGUAAAUGGUUCAAUUUCUGAAGUAAUAAGAACACAUGAUAGCUUCACCUAUCAGUGAUCCAUGAUGCUUUGACUGUCAGUAAUCAGUGUAUUUGUGUAUAUUAGGUUUUGGUAGGAGAUGGAGCUAGUUUCUAAACGGCUCACUAAUCAUUUGCACAAAGUCUAAUUCAGAUGGUAUUCUACAUUGGUAUUGCAGGAGGAAGAACAACUUUGUCCUGACUGUAUGUACAGUAUGUAUGUCUGUUUUCACUGUAACCUAUCUCUACGUAUAAAUGGGUUUAUUAACUUA